AACCCCUCUCUCUUUCUUCCUCCCACUUCUAGAUCUUUGUUAUGUUCCUAAUUUCAGCAGAAAGAAGAUCCUUUGGGGUUACUUUCUCCAGUUUCUAUGGAUUUCUUCAAGUCCAUCUUUUCUGAUGAUCCCCAAACCUCCGAUUCGAAAGCAACUCCCAACUCCAGCAUCACUUGGAGUCUCGGCAGCCUAGUGAAGACCCUUGCAGAGAAGUCUGAGUCAUGAUAGACUCCUAUCGUAAAGAUUUGGAGGAGUUCGGAACUGGGUUGAAGAAGGAGAUUGUCGUGAUCCGGAGUGUUGCUUCUUGUGCUGUCAAUGAGUCUCUCGAGAUUAGCGCCUUCGUCACGUAGGAGAAGCUCAAAUCAUUAGGCAGGCCAUCAAUGAUAUCGGCAACUCGAUUUGGAAGCCUCAAGGUCUCGCCAUUGCAGAAAUCAACGUAUAUCAGAGCUAAGAAUUUCCAUGUUUCUGUUUGACUUUUUUAUUUUAUUUUUAUUUUUUCUAUGUCUCCUGAAAUAUGGAAACAAGGAGAUAUAUAUAAGGCGACGUUUUGGAGAAGACGAUCUUUUGCCUUUUGAGAGUUUCUCCAAACCCAUAUGCUUCUUCAAGGAGAAUGUCUUUGUGUGCCUUUCUUUCUUCUCUUUAGGGUACCAGAAUUUACUUAUAUAAAACUUAUGAAAUGGGGAAGGGGAUGAACUGGAAAAAUGAAAGGGGAAGAGAGAU